AAAAGAAUUAAAUAAUACGUAAAUUGUGUUUUACGUAUACGAGAAAUACUAUUUUGUAAAAAGUAUUGUUUGUUCACCGAAGAAAUUUCAUGUAAAUUACUUCAUACGAAACUGAACGAAGAUAGGCGAGUGAAAUGAGCGUGACAUUAGCUGCCAAAAUCGAAUUUGUGAAAUUAUGUAAUGUCUUGGAAGAAAUCAAGAAAGCACGUGUUGCUAAGAGAACCGAGAUUUUGGAGAAGUUCAUCCAGCAGUGUCGUCUUGCUGGCCUCAAACAUAAAACGGAAUGUCCAGAUGCGGAUGUUUCACUAUUCUCUAUAAUGAGAUUACUUUUACCGAGCCGUGAACGAGAACGUGGAGCGCACAAUUUAAAAGAAAAAUCCCUUGCUAAUCUUUAUGUUCGCGUAUUUUGUUUGGGUAAAGGUAGCAAGGAUGCAAAUAAUCUUGUACAAUACAAAACUCCAACAACAAAAAAGAGUACAGGAUCCGACUUUGCGGAGAAAGCUUAUUGGAUUCUACGAAAUCGGUUACCACGCGAGAGUUCUGGUUUCACGAUAGAACGAAUCAAUUUAUUCCUUGACAAUAUAUCAUCGAAAAACGACAAUAUUCGGCAAAAGGAUGAAACGUUUAAAGUUUUGUUGGGGAAGACAAAUGCAUUGGAGUUUAAAUGGAUAACGCGAAUAAUACUUAAAGAUUUGAAACUCGGUAUCGGAAUGAAGAGGAUAUUACAAGUUUUUCAUCCAGAUGCAAAUGCACUGUCUGAUGUGUCAACAGAUUUACGUCAGAUCUGCGAAACAUUAUCCGAUCCCCAGUUGAGAUACCACCAUGAUAUUCAAAUUUUCUCUCAUUUUAAACCCAUGUUGUUAGAAAGAUGUAGGAUUGAAGAUACAAAGACACUUUUCAGUAAAUGUGAACAGUAUUUUGUACAAACGAAAUAUGAUGGUGAACGAUCUCAGAUGCAUAUGAAAGAUGGGAAAUAUAAAUACUUUACAAGACAAGGAUACGAUAUUACAAAGAACUACGGUUAUGGGGAAACUAGUUCAUCAGGUUUUAUGAGCAGCGUAUUUCAUAGACUUUUGAAACCACAAUGUAAAUCAAUAAUUUUGGAUGGUGAAUUAAUGGGUUGGCACAAGCAGAAGAAACUAUUGGGUUCAAAAGGGAUGAAUUUUGACGUUAAAAAGCUUUCAGAAAAUAGUCACCAUCAGCCAUGUUUUAUCGCAUUAGAUAUUAUUCUAUAUAAUGAUGUUUUACUUAUUAAUGAACUUUACGAAAAAAGACUAAAAAUAUUAGAAGAUGCAUUUAAAGAAGAAGAGGGCUGUUUAAUGUUGUGCAAGUCCAUUAAAAUUUCUCAGAGGGAAGAAUUAUGCAGAGUAUUCAAUGAAAGUAUACAAAAUAAGGAAGAAGGAAUUGUACUAAAAAAAUAUGACAUGAAAUAUAAACCCAACGUACGAGAUGGCAGUAAUUGUUAUAAAAUAAAAGCUGAGUAUUCGGAUGAUCUAGUGCAAGAUGUAGAUCUGAUUAUUCUCGGCGGUUAUUAUGGCGGAGGAAAAUUUAUGGGUUUAAUGAAAAGUUUUCUGAUGGCGGUAGCUUCCCCGUCAAAUGUUCCAGGAGAGAAUCCCUCAAAAUUUUUAUCCGUUGUAUCAGUCAGCAAUGGCUUAUCUAUGGAAACGUUGAAAGAACUUUGGAAAAGAUUCGAAGGUAAAUGGCAGAACGAAUGUCCUGAAAAUGUGUCUCCUCCUAGGCUAGAUCCACCGAACAAGUGGAUUCGUCCUGAAGAAUCUAUUAUUUUGACAAUACGAGCAACAGAGAUGACACAAAGUAAGGAUUAUCCAACAGGCUAUAGCUUACGAUUCCCAAGAGUGAUGGAUGUUAGAACUGAUAAACCAUGGUAUAGCGUUUGCACCACAACGGAACUGUUAUCGCUAAUUAAAGAUUCGAGGCCGAUUCAAAAACUAACAAAGCGAGAUGUAGAUUGCAAUGAUACUGAAGCUCCCAAAAGCAAAGUACGUAGGACGAAACAAUGCUCGUCAUUGUUUGAAGAGAAGUCAUCGAAAUCUAAUAUUCUUAACGAUUCGCCGAUUUAUCUCACACGACUUUUUGACGGUAAAGAAAUAUGUGUGAUAAAUGGAGACAAUGAGUUGUCCAAAACAGACAUUGAAGAAAUUCUUUUGCAACAUAGAGCGAAAGUGGUUAAAAAUCCAUUGAAAGAAAACUAUUGUGUGAUCGUUGGUAACGUUAAACCGGCAAGAGCAAAGAAUAUUGUAGAAAGUAAAGAGUACGACGUAGUAUCGUUGGAUUGGUUCAAACGAGUUACCAAAGAAGAAAAUUGGUCGUCGUUACAAGAUUUUCUACCAUGGGACUUGAUAUGCAGUCGUGAAUCAACAGAACGUCGACUAGCACAAUAUUACGAUGAAUAUUACGACAAUUUUACGGUGGAUGCGGACGAAGAGAGUUUGGCACGUUCGUUCAAAAAAGUUGAAGAAACGGUAUUAAAUGCCAUCGGGUUGGAUCAUCUACAAAUGAAAGAAAUGGAUAAAGAAUUAUUUGACAACGGAAUAUCACCAUAUUCUAUAUUUCGGGGCAUGGUGGGAUAUUUUGAUAAUCAGUCGGAUCAGUCCAAGUUUGAAUUUAGUUUUAUGGCAGGGAUAAUUAAGGACACUAUCGACAAUUUUGUAACACACGUGUUCAUUGAUAGAAAUUCCACGAGUUCCAAACUCAAAAGUCUAAUCGACGAACUACAAAUACCGAUAAUAAUUGUUAAAAGCGAAUGGAUCGGUAAAUGUUUCGGGCAGAAUCAACUUAUUUCGAACGAAGAAUAUCUUAUUAAUUUGUAAAAUAAAUUCAAGAUAUUUCUUCCUUUAUCGAGUAAACGAUUCACUGUAUA